AUGUCAGCGAACGUUGUACCCACAAAUGGAUUCAAGCCCACCAAUGGUGUGAAUGGUGUGAAUGGUGAUGAACUCCAGGAUGGUCUAUCGUGUACAGAAUUGUUUGCCAGUACAGAAGGCUUGACUUACAAUGACUUUCUCAUACUGCCCGGUUAUAUCGAUUUCACUGCCGAAGAAGUUGAUUUGAGCUCACCUCUAACCAAGAAGAUUAGGCUACGUGCACCCUUGGUGUCGUCUCCUAUGGACACAGUUACAGAAUCUGAUAUGGCUAUUGCUAUGGCGUUGGGUGGUGGCAUUGGUAUUUUACAUCACAACUGCACCCCUGAAUAUCAAGCCAAUGAGGUGCACAAGGUUAAAAAAUACAAGCAUGGCUUCAUACGUGACCCCUCGGUAAUGUCGCCCGAUAAUACAGUCGGUGAUGUUCUGGAGGCCAGACGCAAAAACGGCUUCACUGGCUAUCCCAUUACCGCUGAUGGCAAAUUGGGUGGCAAAUUAUUGGGUAUUGUGACGUCACGCGAUAUUGAUUUCCGUGAAAAUCAGCCUGAAAUCAAAUUGGGCACCAUAAUGACCACUGAUCUAAUAACCGCUCCCAAUGGCAUUAACCUACCCAUGGCUAAUGACAUUUUGGAAAAGAGCAAAAAGGGUAAAUUGCCCAUUGUCAAUGAGAAUGGCGAAUUGGUGGCCCUUAUAGCUCGCACAGAUUUGAAAAAGGCUCGUUCCUACCCGAAUGCCUCAAAGGAUAGCAAUAAACAAUUGUUAGUGGGUGCUGCCAUUGGUACCCGGCCCGAGGAUAAGGAUCGCCUGAAAUUGUUGGUUGCCGCUGGCGUUGAUGUUAUUGUUUUAGAUUCUUCGCAAGGCAACUCAAUCUAUCAAAUUGAUAUGAUUAAAUUCAUUAAGAAUACCUAUCCGGAGCUGCAAGUUAUUGGUGGAAAUGUUGUUACCCGUGCCCAGGCUAAAAAUCUCAUCGAUGCUGGCGUUGAUGCUUUACGUGUUGGCAUGGGUUCCGGUUCGAUUUGUAUUACCCAGGAGGUCAUGGCCUGUGGUUGUCCCCAGGCCACCGCUGUCUAUCAAGUUGCCUCCUAUGCCAAGCAGUUUGGUGUACCCAUUAUUGCCGAUGGUGGUAUUCAAUCGAUUGGUCACAUUGUCAAAGCUUUAAGUUUGGGCGCCAGUGCUGUCAUGAUGGGUUCUCUGUUGGCCGGUACAUCGGAGGCUCCCGGUGAAUACUUCUUUUCGGAUGGUGUACGCCUAAAGAAAUACCGUGGUAUGGGCUCGCUAGAGGCCAUGGAAAGACGAGAUGCCAAGGGUGCUGCCAUGUCACGUUAUUAUCACAAUGACAUGGACAAAUUGAAGGUGGCCCAGGGUGUAAGUGGCAGUAUUGUCGAUAAAGGUUCCGUUUUGCGUUACUUGCCAUACCUCGAGGUGGGCUUGCAGCACAGUCUCCAAGACAUUGGAUGUCGUUCCAUUGAUGAGUUGCGUGAAUCGAUCUACACCGGUAAAUUGAGAUUUAUGAAACGUACCCAUUCCGCUCAAGUGGAGGGUAAUGUACAUGGUCUUUUCUCCUACGAGAAGAGGCUCUUCUAACAUUCACUGCCCUGCACUCAGGGGGCAACAAAGAAAUCGAAAAACAGCAGCAGCAGCAACCAGAAUUUAAUGGAUUCAUCGCCCGGUGGCAGUCGUAAUUUGGCGCUGGGUGGUAAUAUAUAUGGAACACAUUUUAAACAGGAUAAAUUCCCCAUUAAACGUAGUGCUUAUUGAA